AUGAGUUCGGAGCCGUUCACGCUAAGGUGGGGUAUCUUGGCCUUCACAAAAGACCUCCUCAUCGAUCCCCAAACCCGCGAUGCCUCCGAUAUCCGUCAUGUCGUCGCAGCAGCAGCAUCUUCCACGUCGGCAACCCGUGCCAAGGAAUUUCUUACAUCUGUUGGCGCACCCCCCACAGCACGCGCCUACGGCUCCUACACCGAACUCGUCUCCGAUCCCAAUGUCGACAUCAUCUACAUCGCCACCCCCCAUUCCCACCACUACCACCACGCCCGCCUCUGUCUCAGCGCCGGAAAACAUGUUCUGGUCGAGAAACCCAUCACCGUCAACGCAGCGCAAUGCCAGGAACUAAGGAAAUUAGCGAGAGAAAAGGGGAGGUUCAUGAUGGAAGCCGUGUGGACGCGUUUCUUCCCCCUCUCGCGGGAAGUCUGCGCCAUUGUUAAAGAAGGGAAGUUGGGCGAUAUAAAGCGCGUAUUCGCCGACUUCAGUUUCUGGAAUGAUGUGCAAAAGGAAUUCGGCACGCAGCAUAGGAUGGUUAACCCCGAUCUUGCGGGCGGCGCGUUGUUGGAUCUGGGGAUUUAUAGCCUAACGUGGUUGUUCAUGGCGUUGUACCAUGUGCAACCGGAGGGGAAGAGGGAAGAACCGGUUGUGAGUUCGGCGGUUAGUAAGUGUGCGACGGGCGUUGAUGAGACGACGACUGUGCUGUUGCACUUCCCUACCACGGGUGCUCACGGCGUAGCAAGCACGAGUAUCAUCGUCGCCACUACACCCAACGCGGACCACCCCAACCCCGGCGGCGACGCAGUAAGGAUUCAAGGUACACUUGGCGACUUGACGGUGGAUUACGCGCCGAAGCCGCGCACGUAUACGUUGACGCCUGCUGCGAAUGAGAAACGAGGGAAGUUGGCGGACUUUGAGUAUCAGGUUGUUGAUAAGUUCAUGGAGAUACCGGGGGGCGGGCAUGGUAUGUUCUGGGAGGCGGAUGAGUGUGCGAGGUGUAUCCGCGAUGGGAAGCUGGAGAGUGAGGUGAUGGGUUUGGAGGAGACGGAGGUGGUGAUGCGGGUAAUGGAUCAGGUUAGGAAGCAGGGGGGUGUUGUGUAUCCAGCAGUGAUUGAGAGUACGGAGUCGCCGCUCGAUGGGUUUGGGGUGUGA